AACAUCCUGGCUUGAGGGUAUUUUUGCAGUUGUGUACAUUUCCUGGCAAUAGACUUUGUCCGUUUCCAGUGCUGAAGUUAAAAAAAAGAGGCUUUACUUUUUUCAAAGGAUCUCGUUAUCAUUCUCUGUUCAAGAUCUUGUCAGCAGUGGUAGAAGGGCAAGACCCUUGGAAUACAGAGGAGGGAUUAUGACCACGUUCCAGGGAUUCUAAAAGGGGAGCGCCUGCAAUCAAUGACACUUAUCUGUGCACAAAUAUACGUGAUUGAAUGAAGGCAUGCAAAGACUCAACACAAUGAUCAACUUCAGCCUGACAACCUUAUCCCUUUCUGAUGCUGGAAAGAAAUAUGACGGAACGUACAAUGAAACUGGUCUUCCAGAUAAAAGUAGCAACUGUCAUGAUCCAGGGCUAGACAAGGAAGUCCUUGUGUUUGCUAUCUUCACCGUGCUUUUUUGCAUUUUGGGGAUUCUGGGGAAUGGAAUUGUCAUCCACCUGCUUGGCUCCAGCAAGAGGAAUACAUUCACGAUGUAUAUUCUUAACCUGUCCAUUGCUGACUUUGGUUUGGUUACAGCUGAACUGAUCAUAGAAAUACAUUGGUUUGUGACACACCUGUACUGCGGCUUUCCAUAUCAUUCGUUUCAGACAGUGUUCCUCAUUAUGUACAGUACGGGACAAUUUAUAUUGACGGUCAUCAGCAUUGACCGCUGCAUGUCAAUCUUCUUCCCAAUUUGGUAUCGAUGCCGACGGCCACCACAUUUACCCUUCAUUCUGUGCAUCAUCAUAUGGGUCCUCUCUCUCAUCCUCGGUGUAGUUCACCAUAUUCUCAUUGUUACUACAAGCCUUGGGGACUCUAAUCUAAUGUACCAGUUUAUCGUAAAUGCCGUGCUUUGCCUCCCACUGAUGACAGUUUCCAGCCUGACCCUGCUCAUCAAAGUUUACUUUGUGUCAAACCAACAGAAAAGGGGGAAACUUUUGCUAGCGAUUCUCCUUACCCUCAUCUUCUUCCUGAUCUUGGCUUUCCCACUUAAUGCUUUUUACUUUACCAUCUAUAUUUUCCACACAAUCCAUCCCAAUCUUGUGCAUUAUGGCUACUUGUGCGCCUGUAUAAACAGCAGCAUUAACCCCCUGAUCUAUUACAUUGUUGGGAGAGUGAAGAUGGGCAGAGCUAAGCAGAGCAUGAAAGACAUACUUCAGAGGAUGUUCAAGGAGGAAGAACAGUCUUCAGAAGAAAUGGAGACAACUGAAGGUAAAAUAUGACUCCAAGAAAUAAUAUCUUCCAAGUAGAUUGAUUGUCUCAGCUGUAUACAGUCAUUCACAUUUCUUCCAACUAAAUUUGGACUGUACUGUUUGUAGACCUCCAGGGCCUGUUUUCACCAUGGACUACUCAUCACAAGGUGUCCACAGAAUCUCAGCCUUCAGCUGUAUGAUGGCAAAUACUUUGGCAGAACCCCACAUCACAAGGUCCAUAGACUGUGGUCUUACCAUGUUACCUUAAAGAACAUAUCAUGGUUUAAGACAACACCUUGUUUACUCCUAUGCCUGCUACGUUGGUAGACACCUGUUCUUUUGGGCUGCAAAACCCCUUCAGGACCAGCCAGCAUUGCUGAUAAGCAGAACUGUAGUUCAAACCUGUAGUUCAGAACUGGAAAUUUCAGCAUGUAUACAUUACUGAAACAGCGAUGUCUACAUUGGCUUGGGCAUGUCGUGAGAAUGGCUGAUGGUCGG